AUGAAGCUCUUCCUCUUGACGGCGCUGCUCUACCUGACAUCCCUCGUGGCCGCCGUGCCCCCGUCGUCACAUUUGGCCGAGGUGUUGGUACGCGACGUUUCGCCACAUGAACAAUACAAUACGUUGGAAAGGCGCAAAGGGGGCGGGGGCGGUAAAGGAGGCGGCAGUGGCAGCAGUGGCAGCAGUGGGAGUGGUGGACGCACGAGCGGCUCGGGAGGAUCGAGCGGUUCAAGGCCAGCAUCUUCGUAUUCCUUCUCUCCCAGCUCCAACGUUGGAGGUCGAACGCGCGACGGCUCAGGCACACCGAAGACGUACGGAAACAGGUACGCGGGUGGCGCAGUGGUGCCCUACACAGCUGGCGGACGAUCCCCGACGAGAGGGAUUGCGCCGUACGCGCUGCCCAUCGCAGGCCUCGCCUUUUUCCCCGGCCUCUGGCUCUACGGCUCCCUCUGGGCCUAUCCCUAUCCCAUGUACUACCAAUGGAACCACGACGGGCAGAAUCGGACGAGCAAUGUGACCUGUCUAUGCCAACAGUAUCAAGUCUGUGGCUGCGACCCUACCGAUAACAGUACGUUUCUGGACCAGGUCGUCUCCAACGGCACCGGCCAGCCUGUGAACUCGAGCAUCGUCCGCACCAUCGACUACGGCAACGGCACCGCCGCGACCUACAUCAACGGGUCUUUGGCAAACGGUACGACCGCUUCUGGCGGCACCGACCCCUCGAACGAGAGUGAGAUCAGCGCCGGCGUGAGACUGGCUAUAGACUAUGGGGGAUAUUGGCUCAUGGUUGCCAUCGUGUCUACUGGCAUAUGCAUGGUAGCUUGA